AUGUUUGCUGCCAGGAUCACAAAUUCUUGUAGUGGUAAGGAGAAUUUAGAAAUUAAUUCAUUGCUGCAAUCUACCGCUACAAAAUUACUUUCUCAGUCUCUGAGUAAUCGGUAGUCUUCAGUGGCGGAACCAGGCCUUCAUAUAAGGGGGGGAGGGGGGUUCCGGUCAUCCAGACCCUGACAAAAGGGGGGCCCGGUCUCAAGAAAAUUUUUUUCGGCCCUUCGGGCCUCAGUUUGGUGUAAAAAUAAGGGGGGACGGGUCCACCAGGGCCCUCUCCUGGAUCCGCCACUGGUCUUGAAUUCUGGACUCCACGCUGUGGAUCGCCGGUUUUGAGGUACUGGGUUCCCGAUUUUUUUUAGUAAAAUUUGGAUCCCUGAGGUGGGGGGAGGGGAAGAGAAGCGUUGAAGCCUGGGACACCCUGCGCCCCGUUGUGUUCCCUCGCCAAAAGCUUGCCAUGCAAGCUGUAGCAAGGUCUACAGUCUACGUAUCUCUUUCCAUAAUGGGAAUCUCUAAAGAAGUAUUUAAACCACGGGUACCAUAAUGAAGUAUGUUGUGGUACCGUGAUCGUAACGAUUUCAUAAUUGCAGUACUUUGUCCGUUUUUCUUUUUCAAGGUAUCUGGGAGAAAAUAAACUGCAGUACAACUUGCGACUGGAAUGAAGGUCAUCCAUUAAAAGAUCGUAAUCAACUAACCAUGUUUGUUGCCUACGCUGAAAGGAGACGAUGUGGGUUUAAAGCUGGGCGGAUAACUUUUAAUACAUCGCUAGCAUGGCUUUCUUUCUUCUUCGGACUCACGGGUUUGCUGUAUCACUUCUUUUGA